AUGCCAAGAGUUUGGGUGGGUGUGGACGGGAUUUCCUGGUCUCCAAUUUCGUCGGUUAUGGCUUCUUUCCUUGAGCGUCCUUUUGCUAAAGACGAGAUCAGACAAGCGGUUUUUUCGUGUGAUGGCACUAAAGCCCCGGGGCCAGAUGGGUUUUCCAUGGUUGUUUAUCAGAACAAUUGGGAGGUAAUGAAAAAGGAUUUGAUGGAUGUAUUUCAUGAUUUUUUCAAGGACGGUGUUAUCCACGAAAGGAUCAAUGAAACUUUCAUUUGCCUGAUUCCGAAGAAAUUGAACAGCUGUCGGGUAAGGGACUACAGGCCUAUCAGUCUAGUCACUAACACAAUUGCUGAAAAUCAAGGUGCUUUUGUCGAGGGGAGGAAGAUCUUGGACACAAUUCUGAUUGCAAAUGAGGCAGUGGAGGAAUAUAGAAGCAAAGGAAAAAAAGGUUGGGUGUUCAAAAUAGACUUCACCAAAGCUUAUGAUUGUGUGGACUGGGAUUUCUUGGAGUUAGUUUUGGAAAGGAAGGGUUUUGGUGAAGUUUGGAGGACGUGGAUGCGUGGGUGUUUAUCCUCCACUUCUUACUCCGUCUUUGUGAAUGGGCGGCCGAGAGGAAAGUUUAAGGGUUACAGGGGUAUUCGCCAGGGGGACUCUUUGUCUCCAUUCUUGUUCACUUUGAUAGCGGAUGUUUUAGGCAGAAUGGUAGAUAAAGCUAAAAGUGCCUCGGCUCUAAGAGGUUUCUCGGUGGGCAAGGAUAAAGUGGAUGUGAGCCACCUUCAGUUUGCAGACGACACGAUUUUCUUUGCAAAUGAUGAGGAGUCGCUGGAAGAUCUUUUGGACAUUCUAAAGGUCUUCGGUGGAGUUUCGGGGUUAUCUAUCAAUUUGCAGAAAUGUCAGCUGCUGGGGAUUAAUUUGCAGAAAGAGAUGGUGGAUCAGAAAGCUAGUGAGAUUGGGUGUGAAGUGGGUGAUUGGCCUAUUCAGUAUUUAGGGCUUCCUUUGGGGGCUUCUCCUCGCUCCAAAGGGUUUUGGGACCCGGUGUUAUCUAAAUGUGCUACUCGAUUGGAUUCCUGGAAGAGUGCAUUUCUGUCUAGAGGAGGGAGGCUGACUCUUAUUCAAUCUGUUCUGUCUUCCAUUCCCGUGUACUACCUGUCGCUUUUUUGUAUCCCUAAGAAUGUGGCGAUGACAAUUGAGAAACUGAUGCGCGACUUUUUUUGGGAAGGUGCGGACAAUUCAGGUGCCGAUCAUUUGGUUUCCUGGGCCGAUGUUUGCAAUUCUCGUAGUCACGGAGGCUUGGGGGUUGGGAGUUUGGUUUUGAGGAAUAAGGCUUUUCUUAUGAAGUGGUUGUGGCGGUUUCCAUUGGAAAAGAAUUCUUUAUGGCAUAGGGUGAUCAGUAGUAGGUAUGGUGAAGAUGCUGGCUUCUGGGAUACAAACGUGGGGAGUAGAUUUUCAGUUCGUGGUCCGUGGAGAGAUAUUUCUAUGUUGUACGAGGAGUUCAAGCGUAGGGUCUUUUUCAAGGUGGAGAGGGGUGACAGGAUUCGUUUCUGGGAGGAUAAGUGGAUUGGUGAUUGUUCCCUGAGCUCACGGUUCAUUGAUCUAGUCAGGGUGUCCGAGGCAGUGAUUGUUUCGAUCAGAGACUUGGUGGUGGCUGAUGGUGGUAUUAGCUCGGAAGGUCUCGGCUGGGAUUUCCGUUUUAGAAGGAAUUUAUUCGACAGGGAGAUUCCUAGCUUGAUUGAGAUGUUAGAUUUGAUUAAGGAUGUGCAUCUGCCGGAAAUUUUAGAAGACAAAAGGAUCUGGAAACCAGACAGUAGCGGGGUUUUCAGUUGCCAUUCGGCCUUUCGCAGCUUAGCCUAUGAUCAUUUAGGGCCAGAGUGGCCGUGGGCAAGGAGGUUAUGGAAAAGUGGUGUCCCAUACAAAAUUAAAGUGUUUGGAUGGUUAUUAUUCCUUGACAAAUUGAGUGUCCAUGAGAAUUUGCAGAGGAGGAGACCUUUCCAUUCCUUGUCGCCCAAUCGGUGUGCUAACUGUAAUAACAACAGCGAGUCAGUGGGACAUUUGUUUCUUCGGUGCUCUUUCGCCAGCAUCGUUUGGAAUAAAGUAUUACAAGAAUUUGGGGUCGGUUGGUGUAUGCCUUCCUCCUGUGCGCAAUUGUUUCUCUCUCAUUUGGAGGGAGGAAAGAGGGUGACGCGUUUAUGGCAGUGUACCGUCCUCGCUACAUUUUGGGCUAUUUGGUUGGAGAGAAAUUCGAGGACUUUUGACGAUUCAUCUUUUUCCGUGGACAACCUUUGGGAUAAAAUCAGGUUCUGUGUUGCCACUUGGGUGUAUAGAACGAAAGAGUUUGAGGGUGUGUUCUUUCUGGAUCUUCGUAGGGAGUGGGAUGUGCUAAAAGUUGUUUGGAAUGGUGUUGAGGAAUACAAGAAGGAAGUGGAUAAGAUUGGAACACUUUUGCAAAAUCUGAAGAUGCAGAAGAGGAACAGUUGA